CGUCACCAACAACAACAUCAUCUGUCAGCCAUCAUGUCCGCUCCUCAGCCCGUGAACCCGCUCUACCUUGGCUCAUCAAAACGUCCAGCUCAAUCUGGAAACCCACUAGCCGACUUCUGGAGGACACAGGUCGUCGCACCAGAAUACAGAGCAGAGAAUCUCAGGAUACUUCGAGCUGCUACUGUCUUCAUCGUUGGUGUCGCUUUCGUUCGAUCAAAUCUAAGCUCGGCGCUCGUGCCGGUAUUCUAGACGGUUGAGUGAUCGUGCAGACGGCUGUAAUAUCAGUGUAUCAAUAUGACAUGCAUUCACAUCU